CUUCCGGCGCCAUGUCAAACCCAAAAGUAUUCCCACUGAAAUGUCCAGUGCAGACCUACCACUGGGGUAAAGUGGGAAAGGACAGUGAGGUAGCCAAACUGUCCCUCAGUGGAAACUCAGACUUCAAAUUAGAUGAUAAGACUACAUAUGCUGAGCUAUGGAUGGGCACACACCACAAGGGGCCAUGCAUUCUAAACAGACCCAAAAUGGAUAACACCACACUGGCACAGUGGGUGGCAAAGAACCAGGAUGACCUAGGAUCCAAGGUCAAGGACAAAUUUCAAGGUCAACUUCCAUAUCUCUUCAAAGUCCUCUCAGUGAACAUGUCCUUAUCAAUACAGGCACAUCCAAACAAGUCCCAUGCUGAGCAGCUCCACAAAGACCACCCAGACAGAUAUCCUGAUCCCAACCACAAGCCAGAGAUAGCAAUAGCCCUAACUCCCUUCCAAGGCAUGUGUGGUUUUAGGCCCAUAGAGGAGUUGGUUAAGUUUUUAAAAGCAAUCCCAGAGCUCCAGUCAGUGAUAGGCUUGGAGAACGCACAGGGAGUUAUCUCGGCCUUGUCUGGGAAAGCACAACAGGCUGCUCUGAAACAGGCAUUCACUGCGCUGAUGUCAUGUGACCCCAAGAUCGUAGAGACAAACUUACAGGCACUUAUUAGCAAGGUUCAGGAGAGAGUUGCUGCCAAAGAAGAUGUGAGUGAUGUGGAAGGAGAACUGUUGUUACGUCUGAACCAGGAGUUUCCAGGAGACGUGGGCUGUUUCUGUAUCUACUUCCUCAACAUUAUGAAUCUACAGCCUGGGGAGUCCAUGUUCCUGGAAGCUAACCUGCCCCAUGCUUACCUCAAAGGAGAUUGUAUUGAAUGUAUGGCAUGCUCAGACAAUGUAGUACGGGCUGGGCUUACCCCAAAGUUUAAAGAUGUUCCUACACUGUGCGACAUGCUCAUCUAUGAACCAAAGUCUGCCAAAGAAAACCUGUUUGACAGCAUUAAGGAUAGUAAAGACAGCAACAUCACACACUACCAACCAAACAUCCCCGAUUUUGCUGUGGAUAAAUAUGAGCUCUCCCAAGAUAUCAAAGAGUACACCAUUCCAAGUAUGGAUAGCGCCAGCAUUGUCCUGGUCAUAAAGGGAGAGGCAGAGGGAAAGAACCAAACUCUAGGAGACGAGGCCUUACAGCUACAGAGGGGAACUGUGCUGUUCAUAGCAGCCAACCAAGAGGUGCAGCUUACUCUGAAAGGAUCAGAUAUACUCAUGUUCAGGGCAUAUUGUGGCAUAUAGAAUGUUUUGAUAGUGUAUAUUUUAGUAUAUAUUUUAAUAUAUUUGUGGUAGCCUAUAGGAAUUGUUACCCACUGGGAUAUUGGCUUGAAGGUGUGUUUAGAUAUAACUUAGACUGAAACUUACAUGGGAGAAUUGUCAGGUGUGUUCAGAUUUAACUUAGACUGGAACUGGUUCAGGUCAAAAACGAGUGAUAAGACAGGCAGAUUGCUUAACCAGUGAUGAACCUGUAUGGGACACAGUGGUCACCUUUUAAUCUGUAAAAUAAAAUUACCUGAUCAGUUAAGUAAAAUCAUUUGUUGGUAAAAAUAUUAUAAAACUGCACUAAACAAAAACCAUGGAAAUUUUUCUUAUAACAUUUGCAUUUAGUUCAUGCUCAAAAUUUUUUGAUAUAGCUGUAUUUCUCUGGUCAUCUCUCUCUCUGCAUUGAUGCCCACCAGCCAGUAAAAUGUCAGGCUUAAGCUCAAUAAUUUACUAAAAAAUCUAGUGACAUUUUCUAGUCCUAAACUGGUUCUCAGUUUUGUCUAAGUGCGUCUACUAUGGCAUUUCACAUUUUUUUUCUCCCUGCCCCACUGGUUGGGGUGUAUACCAAAAGGGAAGUUUAUUGAACAAAUACUGUUCCAAAAUGAGGAGAACUAGGGUUAUACCAGAAUGGAAAUAUAGAAUAGGUGUUUGUUUGUUUUUAAAUGUGUGUAGGAUGUGAGUUUUAUUAGAUUAAAAUAGAUCUUAAAGAAGGGAGUAAAAUAGAUCUUAAAGAAGGGAGUGUUUGAGUGUUGAUAAAUAUCAGAGGGCCUUCUUUCUGGCCAAGUUCCCAUAGUUACAAAAGUAGUGCUUUUCUGCAUUGAAGAAUAGGAUACAGGAUAGGAUAUUUCACCUUCUUUGAAACUGUGAUAUUUGCGAUAAUGCAUGACAGAAAAUAAAAUCAUGUAUUUCAAGUGGGCAACCCAGGUUGAUAUCCAAUUUUGAGCACAAGCAAUAAUCUCUGGCAGACACUUGAACAUCAGCAUUUUCUAAGUCAACUUACUGUGAUCUUGUUACUUACACAAUCAAGGUGAAUGGAGAUGCAGACAUAAUUUCCAGUUGUAAGAUGUAAGACAAUAGUGCGAAAAAUGGCUCAGUGGCCUUGCAACUAGGGUUCUGUGGGCUGCUAAAGGUGGAAAUUGCCAAGAAAAAAAGAUCAGGUUUCUCAUUAAAUUACUGGGAAAAAUCAUGUCUGGAGUUGUGAUAUUAUAUUUUUGUGGUAACAUUUAAUUCAACAGACAUCACUUAUUGGGGCAGAAUUGUGUCAGUGUUAUGGUUAACAAA